UAGCGUUUGGAUCGUUGGUUUCUGAUCAUAACUGUGUAUGAAUGUUUACAUUGUGUGUCACUGUAUCGUUCUACAACUCCAAAUGACUGGAAAUUUUUAUUGUACUAUAUGGGGCUUUUUCGGUUGUGUGUUUAGAUGUUCUUCCUUUGAUUGCAUUGUCUAUCUCUUUUUUCUAUUUGUUGGAUUGCAAGUAUUUUUGCAUUUUCGGCUCUGCCUUCCCUAGACUCCACUUUAUGUUGUUGCCUUUUCGGUCUCUGGUUGCAUUAGGUGUAUAUUCGUGGUUUCUAUAGUUUCAGUUUUUGUUUCUACUGUGACUUUAUUGAUCAUCAGUGUAUUUGGGUGAAUUGUUAAGUCCACUAUGCUUGUUCUCUAGAAAUUUGUAUGAUUUUUAUUUUGAUUUUGAAAUGAAAACAGUCUGCAAGGCUUUUAUCAUCUUCUCUUUGAUUGUAAACUUUGCUAUUGCCACUAUACUGUAGGCUUCCCUUGAUUGCAAAGUCCACUAUGCUUCUUCUCUAUUGAAAUUGUCUUUCAUUUUGGGUACUUUGACCAAAAUCAACGGAGAAAUUUGGAGGAAGAAAUAUUGAGAAUUUUGUAAUCAAAACAAAAGAUAAGGUGAAAUUAAAGAAAAUGGAAUGCCUUGCGUUUAAAAGUUUCUAUAUUGGUCCUUUUCCUUAUAUCUCCUUGUGGAAUUCUUCACUUGAUCAAUAUUUUCUCCUCGAAAUACCUUUAAGUUUUCCUCUCAUAAUUUGAAUCCAUGCAUUGGUAUUGUACCUGGAUUCAUACCCCUGAUUUUAAAAUUUAGAUCAUGAAGGAUCCAACCUCUAGAUCUCUACCUGUAUGUGCUACCCACACUCUAGUGUGAGCAGCUUAGCUUUGACCACAUUUAAAUCAGUGUUAUCAACAGCGCAAAAAAGCUUUAACGUCCUUUGGGGCUUUAAGUGCAAAGCGCAAAUAAAGUGUCCGCUUUAAUGGAAUAAAAAUCCAAAUGAAGAAAAAAAUACAAAUAUAUAUGUUUAGUCCUAGACUAAUACUUAUAAGCAUGAACACAAAUAUAUGGACGAAGAUUUUUUUUUUUUUAACAACAAAAUAAGGCAUGAAUUGUUUAGUGUCACCUCUUUAGAAAAAGCUCAUUCGCAAGGAAAAGUUUGUCUUAGAUUCUUGAUAACAGCACCGACGCGCACAAUAAGCGUGCACAGUAAGUGAGGCAAAGUGCCCAACAUGAUUUGAGCCUCGCUUUGAGGCUUAAGCAUGCUUUAAGCUCACCUCUGACAAUACUAAUUUAAACAAUGUAAUCUCAGCGAAAUCACAUUGUAUGAGCUUGCAUAAAUUUGCAUAGUUCAUGUGUAUCUUUUUUGUUUAAAUAUUUAUUUUGAAAAACAGGCGAUACUUGUAAUCAUUCUACAACCAUGUAAAUCUAGUAAUCCUUCUUUUAAGACAGGUAAAGUACUAAGUUAGGUAUCAGAGCAUUACAAUGAUCUGAACCUUUCUUCAAGAGAAAUAGAAGGAAAUGGUUCCAUCUAUACAAGAUUCCGGUCCAAUCUUUGAAAGAUUAACAUCGCAUUGCGAUAAGUAUCAAAUGUUCUCCCUUCAAGAAGCAGAGGAAGAAGAUAGUCCUGAAUUUAGUUGGGGUGCCAAGAAGGGAAGGGGUGCCACGAACAAGGACAUCCAAUUUUACAAGUCAUUCACUUAUAAAGGGGUUGAGUUCAACUUAUAUGAUUGUGUUUACAUGUGUCGUCGUGAUGAACCGGAGCCAGACAUUGGUAAGAUCGUCAAGAUGUGGGAAUCGGAAACACGGAAAAGGAUAGUCAAGGUGGUAUGGUUUUUCCGUCCCGCGGAGGUCACUCAUUGGUUGAAUAAUAUUAAGGUGCUUAACAAUGAGUUACUCUUGGCUUCAGGAGAAGGCAUAGGGCUUUCAAAUAUUAAUCCAGUGGAAGCCAUCACCGGUAAAUGCAAUGUUGUCUGCAUAUCAACUGAUAGGAGAAACCCUCAGCCAGAAGACGAAGAUCUGGCAACAUCUGAGUUUCUCUUUUAUCGCACCUUUGAUGUCAGAACUCGCGAGAUAUCUGACGAAUUUCCAAAUUCAAUAGCGCAAAUUGAAGUGGAGCACUUCUUUAAUAAGGUGAUAGGUCGAAAGCAGCCUCCUCAUUAUGGCGGAAAAGGAAGGCUUGAAAAGUCACAUUCAUCACUUUCAUUUGGAGGAGAAACAACUAAAACAAUGCUGAAAGAUGGACAGCCAGGAAGAAACACUCAGUCGAUGUUGCCACCUGUGGCUCUGGGCAAGCAAACUAAAUCCUCCACAAAAGGUGUUGCUAUGGCAAGAACGAACCAGUGCAGUACCAUUUCAAAGUGUCAGGUGACAGAAGUUGUAGGAAAAGGUGGACAAGGCAAUAUUUCUGCGAUGGACAAGACUGUUGCCAGAACUGAAGUAAAACAUUCAUAUUGUACCUCGUCUAGCAGCUUAUCUGAUUCUCAUGCUUUGAAGAAGAGAAAACUUCAAGACUUAUUAGGUACUACACCAUUUGACCAACAUGAGGUCAGGAAAUCCACGAGUCAGGUCAUUGAAGUAACACCAAGGGUGAAAGAGGGUGCUAGCACAUGGUUCAGGGAACAGCCAUGGAAUGAAAAACUCCUAUUAGCUCAAGAGGGAGAAACACUUGUGUUACUUGAGAAUCUUGAUCCUUCAUAUGCAUCAGCAGAAGUGGAGGAUAUUGUUUGGCAUGCCUUGGGGCAAAAGGUUAGUGCAAAAAUGGUGCAACAUAACACCUUCUCCAAUCCCCUAAAUGGAAAAGCAUUUGUUAUCUUCAAAUCAAGUGAGGCUGCAGAGACCGCCAUUUCUGAGUUGAAAAGGAGGUGCCUUAUGUUAGGUGAUGGGAGGCCAGUUGUUGCUCGGAGGGGAACUAUACAGGAGCCAAUGGAAAGUAGAGACUUUCCUGGCCAUCUGUCCAUUGGAAAACUCAAAUUUCAAAAGCUAGAAGAAAUGAGAAAAGCAGUAUCUACAUCACACUACUCCCAGAUGAACACAGUCGAACAUGGGUUGGCCGUUGAAUGGCGUGUACUACAGGAAAAGUCCAGCCUGUGGUGGAAAGCUUUACAUCAGCAACAAGCAGCAGAAAUUGAACAUCUUCGUAGCAAGUUGAAGAAUCCUAUUCAGAACUCUGUGUAGGAUCUAACCGUACUCGUUUUGUUCGUUUUCUUGUGGCCAAGAGGCAUACAGAGGUAUGGACCCUUUCUGCAUAUGGGGUUGCACCUAAGCACAUAGUAGUACAGAGAUUUUGCUUUCGUUUGAUGAUAUAGAAUGCAACAUUUUGUGCAGCACUAUAAUGCACCAUUUGUGGUUCACUGUAUCGCUGUGAAUUACAAAGAGGUAGGCAGUUAGCUAUAAGAUUAGUCGUAGCCCUUUUGAGGAACACCCUUGAUUCAUGGUCAUCAUUAAAUCCGUUAAAAUUUAUCAAAUUUUGUUUUAGUGGACCUAAAGUGUAAGUGCUUUGUAAACUUUGAUGGACUAUUUUAUGUUUUGAGGGAUUGUUUUGAUCA